AUGCUAAAGAUGCUUCCACCGUCGCUGCUCCUGCUGCUGCUUCUCUUCGUAUGGACAUCUCCUCUUGUACAGGGAUUGGCGUCUUCUAACAAUCGUCGCAACAAGCCUCUGCGAAAGCGACGCCCCCAGGAAACUCUGCUGAUUGAAGAGGGUUUGCACAAGCGGGGAUUUCCGUUUGUGAUUGGUAGCGACGAAUCGGGAACGGGGUGUAUUGCAGGGCCCAUUGUCACGGCCAGUUGUUGUAUCACUCAUUUAUCGUCAGUAGUAAUUCCAGGGGUCGACGACGCCAAGCGAUUAUCCAAGAAACAACGCAACCAAAUCUACCAGCAAAUACUCCAAAAUCAAUCCGGGAUUGUGUGGGGUGUGGCCUCGCGAUCCAAUCAAGUCAUUGACGACGUGUCACUAGAACAAGCCACCAAGGAAUGUUUUCAAGAGUCCAUAGACCGUGUGAUGCAACAAAUAAUUACUGGACAAGACGCGUCCAAAACUAAUGCAUGUAUGGACGACCAGUUCUAUUGCAUUACCGACGGACACAAGAGUCCCAAAAUUCUACUACACGACAAGAUUUCGAUUCCAUCUCGCGCUUGGAAGGGAGGCGAUGAGACGGUCUACUCGGUGGCACUGGCGUCCAUUAUUGCUCGAGUGCAUCACGAAUCCCUCCUACAAGAAAUUGUGACUCCAGAACUAAGAGCAGACUACCAAUUUGAUCGGCAUAAAGGAUAUGCGACUCGAGAACACUUGCAAGCGUUGCACACGCAUGGACCCAGUCCCAUUCAUCGGUUGUCGUGCAAACCAGUCAAAGAUAGACUGCACAAUCAAUGA